AUGCGAAAUGGUACCACUAUUUCUGUUCCACUGACGUCUUUAUCUACUGGAGAUAUUGGAGAGAACCACUCACCGACGCAAAAAGAGGUGAAAAAGGAGCCUGAGCAGAACUUAAUUGAAGAAAAUAUUGCGCGGCCUUCAGCUUCAAGUACCCCAUUAGAGGUAUGUGUUCAUGGCAAUAUUCAUCUGAACACAUCCACAGAUUCUGAUAGUGGAAGAGAUUUGCUGACUUUUGAAGUACCUCAUUAUACUUCAACACCGUCAUCUAGUAUGAUCUCAGCACGCGAAACUGUUACUCCUAAUCAUUACUCUCUGGCUCCCGAAGACAUGAAAGUUAAGUCAGAACUACCGUUAAUUCUGAAUGAGGUACUACCUGCUUCACAAGCAUUAUCUCCUCUUUUGGCUCCUUCUGAUGUUUCCAAUUCUUCAACAUCUAUAGAAGAUAAAACUACCAACUAUGUAUUAUCAUCCAACGAUCACAUAAAUGCUGUUAAAUAUUUCAGAGAUCUUGAUGGCGAGUUGAAUGCCGUGAAAUCUCUUCGCCGACACAUUUCAGUUGAACCUAGUUCAACUAAAGAUAAGAUUUUGAGUGUUAGUGGUGUGCUGGAAACAACAUUUCCCAUCAGUGCAUCUGUGAGUCUUGAUCCUAUUCCUUCGCAUUUGUUAACAGAUGAAAUAAAAUCUCGUGGAGUUCCUCUCGGAAAAGAGAAAAUGUUUGGGGGCGAAGAAAAGGCUGAC